GAGUCCGGGACCGAAGUGAGGGAGGAACCAGAACCCGCGGCGGACCGUCUGACCCAGCAGAGCCGCUCCCAGCCGCCCUCCGCCGGGCCCGAGCCCGCCGGAUCACCGCCGGAUCCCCGCGGGGUGCUCCGCUCCUUUCUGCCUCCCGAGCCGCGGGGCGCCGGACGCGGGCAUGCGGACGCGUCGUGCCCGAGCAGCGCGCUCCCUCUCCGUUCGUCAGGUCGGCUAGCCCGCUAGCGGCUAACAUGUUAGCUCGCUGACAUCAGCCGUUAGCGAGCCGAGACGCGCCCGCAAAGGUCGUUUUCACACCGAUAGUUGCUCUUUAACUGUGGGGACUAGAACCAGGACCGGCGGCGGAGCCCCCCGGAGCCUGGAGACCCGGUUCCCCGCAGCAGCUAGCGCCUAGCUCGCUGUUAGCAUUAGCCAGCCUGUUAGCCUGCUGCUAGCAUUAGCCACUAUUAGCUUGAUCAGCUGUUUUUAAAGGCUUCCAGCUCCAGUUUAGUGUCUGAUAAACGGACCUGAGGAGGGUCAGCAGCAGCCUGAGCAGCUCCCGGAGCCUGGAGCACCUCCCCCGGGACCACAAGGAGCAGACAAGCCGAGCAGGAGGCUCCUCAUCAUGGCCCACUCCCCCGUCCAGGGACACCUGCCCGGCAUGCAGAACACGAAGGCGGACCCCGAGGAGCUGUUCACCAAGCUGGAGCGGAUCGGGAAAGGUUCCUUCGGAGAAGUCUUCAAAGGGAUCGACAACCGGACGCAGAAGGUGGUGGCCAUCAAGAUCAUCGACCUGGAGGAGGCGGAGGACGAGAUAGAAGACAUCCAGCAGGAGAUCACCGUGCUCAGCCAGUGUGACAGCCCCUUCGUCACCAAGUACUACGGAUCAUACCUCAAGGACACCAAGUUGUGGAUCAUCAUGGAGUAUCUGGGAGGAGGCUCAGCCUUGGACCUGAUGGAGCCUGGAGCUCUGGAUGAGACUCAGAUCGCCACCAUCCUCAGAGAGAUCCUCAAAGGUCUGGAGUACCUGCACUCAGAGAAGAAGAUCCACCGGGACAUCAAAGCUGCCAACGUGCUGCUGUCGGAGCAGGGCGAGGUGAAGCUGGCUGACUUCGGCGUGGCGGGUCAGCUGACCGACACGCAGAUCAAACGCAACACCUUCGUAGGGACGCCGUUCUGGAUGGCGCCCGAGGUCAUCAAGCAGUCCGCCUACGACUCAAAGGCUGAUAUCUGGUCUCUGGGCAUCACGGCCAUCGAGCUGGCUAAAGGAGAGCCUCCUCACUCGGAGCUUCACCCCAUGAAGGUUUUAUUCCUCAUCCCAAAGAACAACCCUCCCACGCUGGAGGGCAGCUACAGCAAGCCGCUCAAGGAGUUCGUGGAGGCGUGUCUCAACAAGGAGCCCAGCUUCAGGCCGACAGCCAAGGAGCUGCUGAAGCACAAGCUGAUCGUGCGUCACGCUAAGAAGACGUCCUACCUGACGGAGCUGGUGGACAAAUACAAGAGAUGGAAGGCUGAACAGACCAGAACCACCGAGUCCAGCUCCGACGAGUCAGACUCGGAGCAGGACGGCCAGGCGUCAGGAGGAAACGACUUCGGCUCUGACGACUGGAUCUUCACCAUCAGAGAGAAGGACCCCAAGAAGCUGCAGAACGGGGAGGAGGGCCACUCAGGGGCCACACACCAGACUAAAGACAUUCCAAAGAGGCCUUAUUCACAGAGCCUGGACACAGUCAUCUCUCCUGCUCUAGCUGAGCUGAAGGCGAGGCAGGAGCAGGUGAACGGGAACCCUCUGGUGCUGGAUGACCUGAGGGAGGCCAUCCUGCAGGCGGAGGAGUCCUUCCCCGGGAUCUCAGACUCUCUGGUGGCCCACAUGGUGCACCGGCUGCAGAGCUUCUCCACUAGCAGGACCUCCUCCUCCUCCUCCUCCUCCUCCUCCUCCUCCUCCUCCUCCCCCUAGACCGGCUCGGAGCCCACCCUGCUCUCCCGGCCCCCCCAGAGCUCCAGAGGUCAGGGGUCAGCCAUCCUGAGGGGGGGGGGGGCACUGACCUCCUCAGACAGGAGACCACAGAGACUCAGAGACUCCUUUCAGACAGAGUCCAGGGGGGCAGGACCCACAGACUCUAAGACCCCCCCCCCCCCCUCCCCUCCCCCCCGACUGACUGACAGCAUGCUAGACCAACCUGCAGGGAAAUACCUGUGUGUGUGUGUGUGUGUGUGUGUGUGUGUGUGUGUGUGUGUGUGUGUGUGUGUGUGUCCCUGUGAGGCAGACUGCAGCAUCUUAAUGAACCUCAGGUAAAGUGCUUUAAGUGGUGGAGGGCCAGAGGGGGCGGAGCCUCCAGAGGGGGCGGAGCCACGCUGUACAUGAACAAUCACUGUGUACUCGACGGUUCAGGAGACUUUUGUAGAUAUGAUGAUGAUGUUCAAAAGAAAAGUCCAUAUUUAAAGAUUUCAACUCCGACAGAGAGAACAGAAAUGCCUUGCCUUCUCCACAAACACACCACCAUCAUCAUCAUCAUCAUCACCAUCACCAUGUGUCCGUUUCAUUUCAGUCACUAAUGAUCUAAAGUUAGAGGAGAAACUGUUGAUGAUUUAUUGUUUUAGACCUCAGAGAGUUUCAUUCUGGUGGUCAAAGAGACUCAAACCGUUACUGAGGACGCUGCAACGUAGAGAUCAUCAUAUCAAGUAUUAUUUAGUUCCUCGCUCGGCUUCAGAGGCCAAAGGCAAGCACGCCAACGAGCUGCUGCACGCCAAGCUAGCUGCUGCACAGCUAGCUGCUGCACGCCAAGCUAGC